UUCACACUCAUAUCUCUCUCUAGUACGUAUAAGAACACAACAACGCAUAUAUAAACCCCUCCCUUCCCCGUGAGUCUCCUGUCUUUCCUCAACUGCGUCACCUUAUUCCUCUCUCUCUCUCUCUCUCUCUAUACAUGCGCAGCCACAGAUGGGCAACCUGUGCGCCUGCCUCGCGCCCAAAUCAGUGAAGAAGAAGCCGCAGACGAAGCGCCUCCCGAACCCGCCGCCGCUGUCGAACGCGAGCAACCGGUGGUCACGGAUCCGAUCGUCGAGGAAGGAGAAGCUCGACGACGACGAGCAGGCACUCGCCGCCGCCAUUCUCUUCCAGCAGAACGGCUCUCUCCCCUUCGAUCGUUCCGCCUCUCUUCGCUACCCUCCCAAUUCCUCCUCCAAAAAGUCCGCCAACGUCUUGCCCCGCAGCUCUAGCUCUCGCGCCCGCUCCCUCACCGAUCCUCUCCUUCACCCUCACCAGCUCGUCAACCAGGAUGUAAAGCUAGACGACUUAGAAACCAGCCAUUUUGUCCUUGUUCAUGGAGGUGGAUUUGGUGCUUGGUGUUGGUAUAAAACUAUAGCGCUUUUAGAAGAAGGUGGUUUCAAAGUUACUGCCAUAGACUUGACAGGUUCCGGAAUUCAUUCGUCUGAUUCAAAUAGCAUUACAAACCUCUCACAAUAUGUAAAGCCGCUCACUGAUUUUCUUGAAAAUCUUGCUGAGGAAGAGAAGGUGAUCUUGGUGGGGCAUGAUUUUGGUGGAUCUUGUAUAUCAUAUGCAAUGGAGCUAUUUCCUCUGAAGAUUUCAAAGGCAGUUUUUCUCACGGCCGCAAUGUUGAAAAAUGGACAGAGUACACUAGAUAUGUUCUCCCAACAGGCUGGUUCAGAUGAUCUAAUGCGGCAGGCUCAGAUAUUUUUAUAUGCAAAUGGAAAUGAUCGCCCUCCAACUGCUAUUGAUCUAGAUAAGUCACUGCUGAGGGAUUUGCUGUUUAACCAAAGUCCUUCCAAGGACAUCGCAUUAGCAUCUGUUUCAAUGAGGCCCAUACCAUUUGCCCCGGUUUUGGAGAAGCUCUCAUUUUCAGACAUGAAAUAUGGGUCAGUGAGGCGCUUUUACAUAGAAACUCCAGAAGACAAUGCGGUACCUUUGACACUCCAGGAGAGCAUGAUAAAUGCGAACCCGCCUGAACGAGUGUUCCGCCUAAAAGGUGCUGAUCACUCGCCAUUUUUCUCCAAGCCCCAAGCCCUUCACAAGAUUUUGGUAGAGAUCUCAAAGAUUUCAUCGGCAUGAAAAACAGACUAUCCAGUUAGAUUGGUUUUUGGAGGGUCUUUCCUCCUACUAGAGCCCCCACUGACAUUGAUAGGAACACUACAGCAAUCAGUAAUUCAUGCAGGUACCUUGCAAGGAAGGAGCGCAAGCAAACAUGUAAAUGUGCAUAGGAUUCGAUGUUGUCAUGUAGUGAUUUGUGUCGGAUUACAAAUUAUGUUAGUAUUUCUCUGCCUCUCUCUCUCUCUCUCUGUUUUGUUUUGGGCAAGGGGUUUUGUUUUUUCUUUGCCCGGAAGCGAUUCAUAUCCAUGCUAUUUAAAAACUCCCAUUUCGCAAAUUGCACCAAAAGUCGCAACUGAAGAAAUUGUACAAUGCAACGGCAACUUUAUCAAGUUGAUCACCUUUUUUCUGCCAAAAUGAGCAGGGCUGCAA